UUAUCUCAUUUUACAUUCCUCCGGAUAUCAUCUUCUUGCGUGGUGAUGUGACAGGUCUCGUGCCCGUUUUCUACUCCACGCGCGUUAUCUUCAACCUCCCCCCCCCCCGAGUUUUUUUCUCUCUUUCGUUUCACAACAUCAACUAGAUCAAUUGGUUGGAUUUCAGCAUCUUUCUUCUCAUCGGAUUCCUGACCGCUGCUGCAAUCAUAAGAGAGAAGGACAAGGAAAAGAAAAGAAAAAGAAAAAGAAACAAUGGACAACGAGAUUCCUCUACCCCCGCCGCCGCGCAUCCGCCACCGACCCCCGAACAAAGCCUCCACAACCUCGUCAAAGCGGUCGAAUUCUUCCCUUCGCAAAACAUACCGGCUGGCGCGAUUCGACGAUCAAUCUAGCCAGCCUUCUAGCGAUCCCGCUCUCUUCUCCAGCGACGAUAUCCCCGCCUCCGGGGUCGAGAACUACCAUGCCCCGGUUUCGUCGGGCACGCGCAAGCGUCGGUACAGGGGAACCUGGUGGGGGGAGAUGGUCAAGGAUACAAAGCGCAAGAGAGCUGAUUUCAAAGAUAAGCGGCUGGUGGAUAGUGGAGUGUGGAUGGGAAGCGACGAGUCGGGCGCAGAGUCGUUUCUGACGUCGGAGGAUGCGGCCUCGAACUGGGGGGAGGAGCUGUUGCUUCGAGAGGCGGGGGGCUCGAUUCCGUUGCCUGUGUCUAUGCCUUCGCCUGUAGUACGCACGGGGGAAUUCCCAUCGUUGGAUGUGCAAGGGCCAUACGAGCAGUCUGGGUUAAGCGGCAAUGGAAAUGGGAGUUUGGGAGGACCGCGCGCGGGCUUCCGAAAGGUAGAGGAGUCGAGGGAGCAUCAGAUGGCUCGUGCAGUUGUGAAUGAUUGUUUGGAGAAGGGGCAGGAUAGUAUUGACCUUAGUAACGGGAACCUACGCGUUGUUCCCCCAGGCUUGCUACAACCACUUCAACAUCUUACCAAACUUCCAUCGAUAAGGGAGCCCCCGAUCUCAGAAGAGGGAUACACCUCGCUGCAACCGUUCCUUCGACUCUUUCUCGCAGGCAACUCCCUGGGCAGUCUUCCGGGUGAGCUGUUCGAGCUCGACGCUCUCCGUGUCCUGAGUCUCCGGAACAACAAGUUCACGCAGAUCCCACCCGCAAUCCGCACCCUCACUCUUCUCCAGGAACUAAACCUCUCCGUAAACCGUCUUCAGUACCUCCCAUGGGAACUGCUCUGGCUGAUCAAAAAAGGCGACCUGAAGCACCUCACCGUUCGCCCCAACCCCCUGCUCCAGAUCGAGGAAUCUCGCAUCGCCCAAUGGCACAUCGCCACAAACGACGGCGAACAACCCCUCAAAGCAUGUGAAUACUCAGGCCCUGCACCGGAGGAAGCAUGGGCUCCCAUCCACAUCGCUACGGGCCCCAUCCGCCGAUUCAACAUGGAGGGAUUCCCCAUUCCCGAUGGCCAAACAACCCCGUCCACCACCACCACAGAGAACGAAUCCCGCGUCCCAUCACUCCGCGAGGCGUCUCUCCUAGCAUUUAGCAAGUCCUCCUUCUUCGACCAGAUCCCGGACGCCGACAUGGCCGACUUCCCGAGUCUCAUGCUGCGUCUUCUACGCCAGGCCCGGGACGUGCGCCGCAGCGGCGGCCGGUCCUGUUCUGUAUGUUAUCGCAGCUUUGUGAUUGCGCGAACUGAAUGGAUCGAGUGGUGGGAUUGCAGCACUUACGAGAAUGGGCUCAAGGGGCCGCGUUCAACGGGCGAGAAGCUGCGCCCAUUACCGUUUCGGAGACUCGGGUGUAGCUGGGCUUGUGUGCCAGGGCAUCACGGGGCUGGACUUUUGAGUAACUAACAAGUAAUUCCGUUAAAAGAAUAUACGAGUAUAGCUUUCCCCCUUUUCUCAUUCAGACGAUCACUACUUUUAGGGUCAUUCGCCUACCUAUGAAUACCCUAUACUCAUCAUCCUCUUUUAUCUAUGCCAGUUCU